UACGCCGCACCUCUUACUGUGCACUCGCCAUCCUGAUCAGUUCGUAUCUACAGAGAGCAUUGUUGCUAAGAAACGAUCGCCACUUCAGCUACUGGGUUGCAGACUGAGGUGUUAUUGCGUGCUUCGUUUGGGGUCACCCCAUUGCGUACGUGGGGAAUUGGCGGCCGAACACAAAAAGGGCACCGACUGCGUCCUGCAUGCUCUGUACUAUGGAAGCCGAAUCAAGCCCUAAGCUGCCACAAAAACUACGCCACUGGCUCUUACGCUCUCGGUCCUCCCACAAUAAGGUGCCAACUGCAACGGUUAUCAAGGCACCUCCAGGCCCAUGUCGGUUCCUGGGGCUUCCGCGAGAGAUAAGGGACUUGAUCUAUCGAGAACUACUGCUCAACACUCAUCCGAUGAUAGUUCAUCUGCGACGGGUACAUAGAUUCGAGGCCAGCGCAAAACCCCAUCCAGCGAUUCUCGGAACGAACAAACAGAUCCACGAUGAAGCCGCAUCCAUAUUAUACGGAGAGAACACUUGGUUUAGCGCCGCUCCUGUCAAGUUCUUCUACUGGGCCGACGAACUUUACGAGCCAGAGACUUCGACGUAUGUCGUUGAACCGGGUCCUAUCAAUAAUUACUUGCCCUGGAUAAAGCAUUUUGUGUUGUUUCCAGAGGGACCACCCGACUGGAUUCGCGAUAAGAUUGUAAAGCCUGGUGAAGUGGACUUGAUGUUGAGACGCAUGGGCAUCCAGCGACAUAAUCUGAAACAGUUGAUUAUUGGUGUUGCAAGUCAAGAGAUGAGUGAAGAGAUCGCAUACGAAAAUCGUGACUGGCUGGAUCCCGCAGAUGAGGUAGAUAUGCAGAGAAAGUUCAGCUGGUUCGUACAGAGAGGAAGCCAGCCGGCAUUCUGGUUGGUGUCCACGUGACACGUUUUGGAGAAGAUGGUCCCGGUCCAUCUCAAGACGUUUCUCUAUCCAGACUACAUCAAGCAUCUGGAAAUUACACUUCUUGGUGGAGGUUGACACAGACUGCCAAACAUCUGAACAAGGUGCGGGCUUCCAAGGAGGGCGUUAUCGUAUAGCCAAUUAUAUAGCGAAUCUAGGGAAAAGGGUCCACGGGGCGCCUCUCCUUAGCU